CUUUUAUUUUCCUUUCUGUACAAGGAAAAAAAUAUACAUACAAAUACAAUACAUACAAUCAUCUUAUUUCAUUUUCUCUAAAACAAACAGAUAGAUAGAUAUAUAGAUAAAGUCGGCAAAAGAGUUUACACCACGGUGGCGCUUUCUAUUUUUCCGGGGGUGUAAUUUAGAAUGCUGCAAAGUGGACUACUGGGUGUUUGAGGUUGCGAUAUAAUGGCAGCUUUGGUGACCCAUCAGAUGCAGGGUUCUUGUGCAACAUUUCAUACACAGUUUAUACAAAGGAACAAAAUUUGUGAAUCAAGACAAAUAGGAAGGAUCGUGUCGGUGGUUCGGGGAAGGGAUAACUUUAUAUCCUUGCAAUGCAAGUACAUACCUUUUCUGCGUGUAGGACCUCCUUUUUUCCCAGGACAGGCAAAGGAAUUGAAAAUCACUUGCUUUAAAGGCACAGGGCAAAGUGAGGACUCCAGUGGUUCAUUUGGUUCAAAGUAUCAGAAGAACUCUGUCAAGCUUUCUUAUGUGCAGCAGGGAAGUGAAGAAACACUAACUGAACUCUCGCAGGAUGUUCCAGUCCCGUCAAGUUCUGCAAAGACCACAGAAGGAUCACAAGCGAUACAAAGUUUGUUUAGAAAUUGGUUGACGUUGUUGAGAACACCCUCUCCAAAUCAAGUGGUAGAUGAAGCUAUAGAGAAACCAGCAUCUGAGGAAAAGAAAGAAAGUGAAGACAAGAUGCAAAAUAAUGGAAGGAGUGAGAUUCUAAAAGCUGUUUGGUACUCCUUCUGGGGUCUGGAUGCAAUGAUAAAGAUGCCCUUACUGAUAUUUGUGCCUUUGUUCCUGGGAAUCAAUGUAGUUCAUGGAGCUGCAGUAUCGAAGGAGUUGACCCCUUUGUGGGUUAUUGGUCCUAUAAUAGUUGCUGUCUAUGUUAAUAUGUUCCGGGCUAUAUGUGCACUCUAUGUGUUUGCCUUUAAGAAAACUCUGAAGAUAAUUAAUGAUGUGCCUACCUACUAUGCAGUGGCACGUAGAUUUACUUCCCGUGGGAAGCCUAAGGAAGCCCUGAGUGAAAUGUUGGGUACCCAGAAUUUGAAUUUUAAAGAUAUUACUGAAAAAUUGAAGAAAGACUUCAGUAACUGGUUAGUGGAAAAAUACUUGGACUUCAUUGAAUCAAUAUGGCCCACUUAUUGCAGGACAAUCAGGUUUAUGAAGAAGGCAAAUCUCUUGUAGGAUUGUCAGAUGUAAAGAAUGUUGACUUGGAGAGAAGUAAAAGAUAUUCAUGCAAUUUUGUUCUUCUUGUGGUGCAAAAUCCUUGUUUGUGAAAAGAGGUGGAGAUAGUUGGGGGGGUGGGGGGGGGGGGGGGGGGGGGGGGGCUCGGAGCUGAUGUUCCGGUACUAUUGAGUUGUUAAUUUAUUACGUUUUAGGAGAUGCAUACCAGAUUUUCUGUAGUCGACUUGUGUUGGAUGCUGCAUUACAUUCCCCCAUGUAUCAUCUUUUCGAUGUUUCUUUGGAUAGAACUUGUAUCUUUUAACUGUGGGUGUAAUGUUAAAAGUUGUCCUUUAGAUAUUAUAUCAGGUCGGCUCAGGAAUCAUGUUGGAAAUGGAUAUAUGUGUUUUCUGCA